CGUAGGUGCCGAUUUGCGUCAACGAGUGGGUGGAGUCGACUAAUGGCUGACGGUUCAUGGGGUGAAUUAAAAUUGACAUUCAACUAAAGGACAACAGUCGUGUAAAUAUUCGUGUCUAGUCGACGCUCGUAUUGUUAUAUGGACGGAGAAUUUACAGGCGCAGAGAUCCAGCUUCAACAUGGGAAAAGUUUUUCUUGAGCAAGGCUGAAGAAGACGUCACCGGAUCUACAUUUUUACCUGAAUUGGGAAGUCUGGGUUUGCAAGUUUGGGAGUUACUGGAGCAUUCGUGAUCUCACUAGGGACUGCAGUACCUUUGGAGCAGCAAUGGUGGUCAAUACGAUUCACUGGUUCAGAAAGGGCUUAAGGCUCCAUGAUAACCCAUCACUGCGGGACUCUAUAAUAGGAGCUGAUACACUGAGAUGCGUUUACAUACUGGACCCCUGGUUUGCAGGAUCGUCCAACGUGGGAAUCAGCAGAUGGAGGUUUUUGCUGCAGUGUCUUGAGGACUUGGACGCCAGCCUUCGCAAACUUAACUCUCGCCUCUUUGUCAUCAGGGGACAACCCACAGAUGUCUUUCCAAGACUAUUUAAGGAAUGGAAAAUCACCCGGCUGUCAUAUGAGUAUGACUCCGAGCCCUUCGGGAAGGAUCGUGAUGCAGCCAUUAAGAAGCUGGCCACUGAGGCAGGGGUGGAAGUCUUCGUCAGGAUCUCCCACACACUCUAUGAUCUGGACAAGAUUAUAGAGUUAAACGGAGGACAGUCUCCUCUCACAUAUAAACGAUUUCAGACGCUCAUCAGCAGAAUGGAUCCUGUGGAAAUACCAGCAGAGACCAUCACUGCUGAAGUUAUGGGCAAAUGCACAACACCCGUCAGUGAAGACCACGACGACAAAUUUGGCGUACCGUCACUGGAGGAGCUCGGUUUUGAAACCGAAGGGCUGUCAUCAGCUGUGUGGCCUGGUGGAGAGACUGAAGCUCUGACUCGAUUAGAGAGACACCUGGAGAGGAAGGCUUGGGUGGCUAAUUUCGAGCGUCCCAGAAUGAAUGCUAAUUCCUUGCUGGCCAGCCCCACAGGCCUGAGUCCUUACCUCCGGUUUGGCUGCCUCUCCUGCAGACUUUUCUAUUUCAAACUCACAGACCUCUACAGAAAGGUCAAGAAGAACAGCGUCCCACCACUGUCCCUUUACGGUCAGCUGCUCUGGCGUGAGUUCUUCUACACGGCUGCCACUAACAACCCACACUUCGACAAAAUGGAGUUCAAUCCCAUCUGCGUGCAGAUUCCGUGGGACAGGAAUCCCGAAGCUCUAGCAAAGUGGGCAGAGGGCCGGACUGGUUUCCCAUGGAUUGAUGCCAUUAUGACCCAGUUGAGACAGGAGGGAUGGAUCCACCAUCUGGCCAGGCACGCUGUUGCUUGCUUCCUCACACGUGGAGACCUGUGGAUCAGCUGGGAAGAAGGCAUGAAGGUGUUUGAAGAAUUGUUGCUGGAUGCAGACUGGAGCGUCAACGCAGGAAGCUGGAUGUGGCUUUCGUGCAGCUCAUUCUUCCAGCAGUUCUUUCACUGUUACUGUCCGGUGAGCUUCGGUCGACGUACCGACCCUAAUGGAGACUAUAUAAGGCGCUAUUUGCCCAUAUUGAGGGGCUUCCCUGCCAAAUUCAUCUAUGACCCUUGGAAUGCCCCAGAAAGUGUUCAGAAGGUCGCUAAGUGCAUAAUUGGAGUACACUACCCCAAACCCAUGGUUAAUCACGCUGAGGCCAGCAGGAUAAACAUCGAGCGAAUGAAGCAGAUUUACCAGCAGCUGUCCUGCUAUCGGGGCCUUGGGCUCCUUGCAACUGUUCCAUCCAACACAGCCAACAAUGGAGAUGGUAAUGGAGCAGGUCCUUCCUCAGCAGACAACACACAGGAGAGCACUCACAUUACAGUACACCCAUCACCAGCAAGUUUUCAACCGGAGUUCCCACCUUUUACAGUGUCAUGUGAUCAACAGCCUGUCAACAGUGUGCAGCCACAUCCAGGGUAUUCAGGUGGUGGUAUGGUUGGACAAGUUUACAAACAAUCACAAAGAGGAAGUAGGACGAGUACUUUGAAGCGACAUAGUGAAGAACAAGUAUCAGAACAUGCAUUGAAGAUUCACAGGCAUGAUAGUAACUAACCACCACAGAAGCAAGGAAAUACACACACCUCUCUUCAGUCUAGUGAUGGGACCUGUAGCACGAAGGACAGCAUCUCUGCAUGCCCAUUAUAAACUCCUCCAUACUCCGCCUUGCCCUUUAUGCUUUGGCAUGGUGUCAUUCUGCUUGUAGAGCUUGAGUUAGCCUUGAGGUCAAGUGUGGUGGCCCAGGAAGCUGUAAACUGUGCUGUAAGCCGUUCGACAUGACAUAAUGUAUGUUGUUUCAGCAUUUAAGAUGUCUGUUUUUUGCAAGCUGUUUGUUGAUAAAUUGUGGAGGAAAAUGUUUUAUAGUAUUUACGCAGUCCAACUGUCAUACAUCAGUUGCUAUUUUUAAGUCUGUGUAUCUAUCAUACCAUUUGAUGUCCAUUUGUGAAAUGUUGUCUGAUUGUUUUGGCAAGAGCUGUGUUUUAAACAAUUCUAUAUAAUAUUAAGAGGGAUUUAUUUGGGAAUUUAUAUAAUCAGGAGCAUAUUGGCCCCUAAAUGAGAAUGUUUCAACUAGUUGCUCUUUGGCAAGUCAAAGGUUUGAUUGAUCUAAAUGUUCAAUUCUAAUUUAUAAAUAGACACAUUCUGUUAAGUACAGAGCAAAAAUCUGUAUAUUUUGUCAGAUUUUUGCUUUUUGUAAUGGAGUAACUAUAUCAUUGAGGCCUGUGGCUCUUAAGCACAAGUGGAUUUGUUUCAAGACAAUUACAGGGAAACAAGUCCUGCUAUGUAUAUAAAUGUAUACUGUAAGUAAUUCAGUUUGCAAACCAUUGUACAUAACUUUUUUCUUGCUUAUUUACAGACUCACUGUUAUAUUUUUUUAUAUGAGAGACAAUACUUUUUCUUUCUUUUUUUUGGAUUGUUGUAAUGUGUUCUUUAUAAAUCACUAUUAAAAUAUGAUAGACCUCUUA